AUGAAGAUUAAUGCAAACAUUGUCAGUAUCGUUCUCUUUAUUUUCAUUGGCUUCUCAAUCGCUAAUGAUGAACAUCAGAAAAAACGAAUUCCAGUGAUUCUUGAUGUAGAUGGUGAUACUGAUGAUUUUCUUGCAAUUCUUUACGCGCUUAAAUCUAAGGAACUCGAUAUACGUGGUAUUACUUAUCAAGGUGACGGAUGGUCGCAUGCAGCUUCUGCCCAGAAUAUUGUUGAUAUUGUGGAUGAUAUUUAUUCUAACAAAAACCUUCCAGUCAUACUUGGAUCUGAUUAUCCCCUGUGCGGAUCCAACAAAAAUCCAGAUACUUUAGGUACUCCAAGUUGCAGUUAUCAAACGUCAGCACCAGAAGGCACUAAUGGAAAGCGUGAUAGUGAUUUGCUGCAUGGACUUAAUCGACAGCUUAGGUUAUCAACACGCCUAUGGUAUGACGCUAUUAAAGGCUUUAAUCUCACUGAGGAUUUUGCUGAUCUCAUUGAUUCUACGAUUGAGCAAACUGGUCAAAAACCCACAAUUAUAUUAACUGGUCCAGCUACCAAUGUUGCACUUCUUUUACGUGCUUUUCCAACUUACUCGAAAAAAAUCGACAAAAUUUUCUGGAUGGGUGGCGCUUUAGAUGUUCCUGGAAAUGUAUUCAUCGAACCAAAUAACACUCGUGCAGAAUUUAAUAUUUUUUUUGAUUGUAUUGCUGCCCAAGAAUUGCUUGCUUCUGAUUUGGAUUUGAUAUUGAUACCAUUAGACUUUACAAGUAAAACUCCACUUAAUCUUGCUUUUUUCGAUAAACUCUCAAAACUUAAUAGUUUUUAUGGCAUGUUUGUGUAUAAACUUUUAUCCAUUAUUCGCGCAACAUGGUUUGGUGGGGAAUCUGAUUUCUUAACUCAUUAUUCUCUUUGGGACCCUAAAGCAAUCGCUGUUGUUAAAGAUAUUGGUGUUGCAAAAAUUGUAUCGAAUCGUUCAUUAGCCAUUACUUGUAAUGGAAACCCUAAUUAUGAUGGGCAGUUUGUAAUUUCUAGUAACCUUACAAAAUCAAAUUUUAAAAUUGCAAUAGACGCUGUUGUUAGUAAUCCAAUUGAAGAUUCUCCAUUUUUUCAAGACUUUCUCAAUGUAUUUAACUAUGAUUAA